AUGGUGAAGAGGAAAAGCUUGGACGACAACGAGCCUGAGUGCGGGAAAGGAAUACCGUUCCCCAUCCAGACCUUCCUAUGGAGGCAAACCAGUGCAUUUCUGCGUCCAAAGUUGGGAAAACAGUAUGAAGCCUCUUGCGUGUCUUUUGAGCGGGUGCUGGUGGAGAAUAAGCUCCACGGGCUGUCGCCGGCCCUGUCAGAGGCUAUCCAGAGCAUCUCCCGCUGGGAGCUUGUCCAGGCAGCCCUGCCUCAUGUACUCCACUGCACCUCCAUUCUGCUGUCCAACAGGAACAGGCUGGGCCACCAAGACAAGCUGGGCGUGGCCGAGACCAAGCUGCUUCACACGCUGCACUGGAUGCUGCUGGAUGCUGCCCAGGAGUGCAACCACGAGCCCAGCCUGGGCCACGGCUGGUCUGGGGGCAGCAGCAGCAGCGCCUUCCUUCAGCCUGUGGGCAACCAGGGAUCGUCCCCAGGGGCUCCCGGCUCAUGCUCUGGCUCCGUCCUAGGGGGGUCAGGCCCCCAGCAUAGCGGUUCCCUGCUGGAGGAGGAUGAGCACGCUCGUACCAAGCUGUUCCACAAGAGCAUGGCCACAGUGGAGCUGUUUGUGUUCCUGUAUGCUCCGCUUAUUCAUCGGAUAAAGGAGUCGGACCUGACCUUCCGAUUGGCCAGCGGACUGGUAAUAUGGCAGCCAAUGUGGGAGCACCGCCAGCCUGACAUCCCUGCCUUUACUGCACUUAUUAAACCCGUCAGAAACAUUGUGACAGCAAAGAGGAACUCCCCAGUCAACAACCAGUGCAGUCCCUGUGGAUCUGGCAACCCGGGUCCCAUGGGCUUCCAGGUGGUUUGCGAAGCCGCACAAUCAGAUUCCUCCUCCCCCGCAGCUGGUGAGCGGAGCUGUCGUCGUGGUAACUCAGUCGAGAAAGGUGGUCCUUCCCAACAACCCCCACCGGUGAAAGGCCCUUCCAAGAAAAAGACAUCGGCCCCUGCCGGCCUGCCAACCUCCCUGGCCCAACGAGCCCGUUAUGCCACUUACUUUGAUGUGGCGGUGCUGCGCUGCCUGCUGCAGCCACACUGGACGGAGGAGGGUGUGCACUGGGCCCUGAUGUACUACCUGCAGCGCCUGAGGCAGAUCCUGGAGGAAAGACCUGAACGAACCCCGGAACCCUUGGUCACGCCUCUGCCGCGCCCACGCAGCAGCUCGAUGGUGGCUGCCACGCCUUCACUGGUCAACACCCACAAGACUCAGGAUAUGAGUCUGAAAUGCAAUGAGGAGGAGAAAUCUCUUAGCACGGAGACGUUUACAAAGGUCUCUCUGACCAACCUCCGUCGACAGGCAGUCCCUGACCUCUCCUCGGACCUGGGCAUGAACAUUUUCAAGAAGUUUAAGAACCGGCGUGAGGACCGUGAGAGAAAGGGCUCCAUCCCCUUCCAUUACACAGGGAAGAAGCGUCAGCGGCGUAUGGGGGUUCCUUUCCUGCUCCACGAGGACCACCUGGACGUAUCCCCUACCCGCAGCACCUUUUCCUUUGGAAGCUUCUCUGGCCUGGGUGAUGAUCGGCGGGCUCUAGACCGCGGGGGAUGGCAGGCCACCAUCAUGGGCAAAUUCACACGCAGGGGCAGCACAGACACGGCUGCAGACGCCGACAGCCUGAGCGCCAAACACUCUCAUUCCCACCACUCUCUGCUCAGAGACAUGCCCGACCACUCCAACAGCCACAGCGAUAACACCGUCAGAGAGGUUCGAUCUCAGAUCUCCACUAUUACCAUGGCGGCGUUCAACACCACGGUGGCAUCAUUUAACGUUGGCUACUCCGACUUCUUCACUGAGCACAUGAAGAAACUCUGUAACCCUGUCACUGUCCCUGAGAUCCCCGUGGAGCCUCUGGCCUGCGCCAACCUGCCGCGCAGCUUCACCGACUCCUGCAUCAACUACUCCUUUCUCGAGGAAGGGGAGAACAUUGAGGGGACCAAUAACUUUGUGCUGAAGAACGGCAUGCUGGACCUUACUGCUGUCUUGCGGGCUCUCUAUGCCGUCCUCAGCCACGACAUCAGUUCCAGGAUCUGCGACGUGGCCCUCAACAUCAUCGACUUCCUGCUGCAGCUGGGCGUGGUGCCCGGCAUGGGCAAGAAGCCGUCCAAGCCCGACAACAAGGAGAACCAGGAGGCACGAGUCAAAGACACAGCUGCUCAGGGCCUCGGAGGAGGCGCCCAGGGAGGCGGGGCAGUUCCGGGGGCAGGAGCAGGUGGAGGAGGAGAUGGAGGCGGAGGCGGAGGUGGAGGAGGAGGAGGAAGUGGUGGAGGGAGUGGGCAAGGGAGCAAGGAUGAUGUGAAGAAUAACAAGGAUAAUGAUAAAAAGGAAGAGGGCUCCGGCUUCAGCACCCACCGCCUGGCUCUGACCAUGCUGAUAAAGAUAGUCAAGUCGCUGGGCUGUGCCUACGGCUGUGGCGAGGGACACCGUGGACUCUCUGGAGAUCGCCUCAGGAUGCAGGUCAGACUCUUUUCCCGUGCAUGUGCCCAGAACUGCCUGACCAGCCUUUAUAAGCUAGACAAGGUGCAGUUUCGACAGGCGGCGAUCGAGUACGUCAACAAAGACUCUCUCAAUAACAUUGUGGACUUCCUGCAUGCACUGCUGGGCUUCUGCAUGGAGCCCAUUACUGACAACAAGGCAGGCUUCGGGAACAACUUCACCACGGGGGACAACAAGUCCGUGGCCCAGACUAUGGAGGCAGUGGUGGUGGGAUGCAUGUUCAAGUCUCUCAUCACCCGCUGCGCCUCGACCACACACGAGCUGCACAGCCCAGAGAACCUGGGUCUGUACUGUGACAUCCGCCAGCUGGUGCAGUUCAUUAAGGAGGCCCAUGGAAAUGUGUUCCGCAGGGUGGCCCUGAGCGCGCUCCUGGACAGCGCCGAAAAGGUCGCCACCACCAAGAAACCUGAAGAGAAGGAAGAGGCCAAACAGCCUGGACCCAAGAGGUCAGAGGCGGGUGUGUCCGGGGAGAAGGGUCAGGUGUCCAGUGCUGCAGAUGAGUGUCGCAGCUACAUCUCCAGUAGACCCCCCCAGACACCCGAACAUGAAGAACAGAUCCCGGGUGCUCUGCUGGGCAGGAAGGACUUUUGGAGGAAGAUGUUCAAGUCGCAGAGUGCCGCCAGUGACACCAGCAGCCAAUCGGAACAGGACACCUCGGAGUGUACCACUGCCCACUCUGGCACCACGACUGACCGGCGCUCCCGUUCCAGAUCCCGUCGCAUUUCACUUCGCAAGAAACUCAAGCUUCCAAUAGGUAAGAGAAGAAAUUAUGCAACAAAUCGCAACUGGCUGAAGCGUUCCUCUCUUUCUGGACUGACUGACGGUGUUGAGGACCUGCUGGAUAUCAGCUCCGUGGAUCGACUCUCCUUCAUACGUCAGAGUUCAAAGGUGAAGUUCACCAGUGCUGUGAAGUUGUCUGAAGGGGGCGCGGUGGGGCCGGAGUAUGCCAGGGACGAAGAGGAAAAUUUCUUCAAGCGGCUCGGACCACACGGUUUCCAAGAGCGACUGGCAGCCAGUCAGGAAGCCAUGAAGAACAAGAAUGUGGUGAAUUUGGGCGCCAUUCGACAAGGCAUGAAACGCUUCCAGUUCCUGCUGAACUGCUGCGAGCCAGGAACCAUACCUGAUGCCUCCAUCCUUGCCGCUGCUCUGGACCUGGAAGCUCCUGUCGUGGCCCGGGCCUCCCUCUUUCUCGAAUGUGCCCGAUUUGUCCAUCGCUGUAACCGUGGCAACUGGCCAGAGUGGAUGAAAGGCCACCACGUAAAUAUCACCAAGAGAGGCCUGUCCAGGGGCCGAUCACCUAUUGUGGGCAACAAAAGAAACCAGAAACUCCAGUGGAAUGCUGCCAAGCAUUUUUGCCAGUGGGGAGACGCAAUCGGCACAAGGCUCAGUGAACUCUGUCACUCGGACAGCGAGAGCCCAGCAAACAUCCUGGGUUACAUUUUUGAUGAAGAGACUAAACGGAGAAUGAGAAAAGAAGAUGAGGAAGAGGACUAUUUAGAUGACAACACAGUCAAUCCUACGAAAUGUGGCUGCCCCUUUGCUCUAAAGAUGGCUGCCUGCCAGCUAUUGUUGGAAAUAACCACUUUCCUACGAGAGACCUUUCCCUGCUUACCACGCCCACGUGCUGAACCUCUUGUGGAUCUGGACAGCUGCCGCAUGCGUCUGGACCCGGAACUCGGCCGCCAUCGCUAUGAGAGGAAGAUCAGCUUUGCAGGCAUCCUCGAUGACGAGGAUGGACACGAUUCGCUUAACAGCAGCAGCCAUACGCUGAAGUCUGACACCACCUGCGAUGAGAAGAAGCCGCAGGAAGUUCAAGGCAGUCCCUUUAGCACCAGUGAACCCAGCAUAGAACCAGAGGGCCAGGGCUCAGGAGGAACAGAGGACAACUACCACCGCAACAUGUCCUGGCUCCAUAUUAUGAUCCUGCUUUGCAACCAGCAGAGUUUCAUCUGUACCCAUAUAGAUUUCUGCCACCCACGCUGCUUCCAGCACCACAGCCGCUCCUGUGCCCGUCUGGUCCGCGCCAUCAAGCUUGUGUACGGCGAGACGGUGGACAGCUUGAGAGAGGACAGCGCAUCCUCUGGUAACAUUGGGGCACGUGCCAAGAAGAGCAAAGAGUGUUCAGACAAGUCUUGCCUGAGGACCCCAUCCAUGAAGAGAAGACCCAAUGACACCAACACAGAAGGGAAGAAGGAUACAGGCAUGCUCAAGUACAUCCGCAACCAGGUGAUGAGCCUGUCACCGGCCCCACUUUCGCUGCUGAUCAAGGCAGCUCCCAUCCUGACUGACGAUAUGUAUGGAGACAUCCAGCCUGCAGCCUGGGAACUCUUGCUCAGUGUGGAUGAACAUAUGUCAGCUGCUGCUGCUGCCAUGUUCCUUCUGUGUGCGGUAAAGGUCCCCGACGCGGUGACCGAAAUGAUGAUGGCAGAGUUCCAGCACCAGGAGGCCUGCCAGCGCAUCAACUCCAUCCUGAAGUUUUACACGCUGUGGCGUUUCCGCUACCAGGUGUGGCCUCGCAUGGAGGAAGGAGCCCAGCAGAUCUUUAAGAUCCCUCCACCCAGCAUCAAUUUCACUCUGCCAUCGCCUAUAUUGGGCAUGCCCUGUGUGCCCAUAUUCGACCCCCCCUGGGUGCCCCAGAACACAGGCAGCGUCCAGGACCCAAUCAAUGAAGACCAGUCUAAAUCCUUCUCAGCGCGGGCGGUGUCGCGCUCCCACCAGCGAGCCGAGCACAUCCUGAAGAACCUGCAGCAGGAGGAAGAGAAGCGGCGUCUGGGCCGCGAGGCCAGCAUCAUCACGGCCAUCCCCGUGGCUCAGGAGUCCUGCUACGAGCCCACAUGCAGCCCCCCGCCAGAGCAGGAGGAAGAAGCAGAAGAAGUGGUGAACCUGGCAUCACGUCGUCUGUCUGUCAGCCCAUCCUGCGCCUCCAGUAACUCCCACAGGAACUACUCUUUCCGUCGGGGCUCUGUGUGGUCUGUCCGCUCAUUGGCCAGUGCUGAAGAUGAAGAGAACACAACGGAACACACUCCUACUCACCACAUGGUACAGCCGCCCCAAGCCGUCUUCCCAACAUGCAUCUGUGCUGCAGUCCUACCGAUAGUGCACCUCAUGGAGGACGGGGAGGUCAGAGAGGAUGGCGUGGCUGUGAGUGCUGUUGCCCAACAAAUCCUAUGGAACUGUCUGAUUGAAGAUCCGGCCCUGGUUCUCCGUCACUUCCUGGAAAAACUAACAGUGAGCAACCGACAGGAUGAGCUGAUGUACAUGCUGAGGAAGCUCCUGCUCAACAUUGGAGAUCUGCCGGCCCAGACCUCUCAUAUCCUCUUCAACUACUUGGUGGGACUUAUCAUGUAUUUCGUUCGGACUCCGUGUGAAUGGGGAAUGGACGCCAUCUCGGCCACGCUCACCUUCCUGUGGGAGGUGGUCGGCUAUGUGGAGGGGCUCUUCUUCAAGGACCUCAAGCAGACCAUGAAGAAGGAGCAGUGUGAGGUCAAACUACUGGUCACCGCAUCCAUGCCAGGAACCAAAACACUGGUGGUGCACGGGCAGAACGAAUGUGACAUCCCAACACAGCUUCCAGUCCAUGAAGAUACUCAGUUUGAAGCCCUGCUCAAGGAAUGCUUGGAAUUCUUCAACAUUCCAGAGGCCAGAUCAGCACACUACUUCCUCAUGGACAAACGAUGGAACCUUAUCCAUUACAGCAAGACAUAUGUAAGAGACAUCUACCCCUUCCGGAGAUCAGUCUCUCCUCAGCUCAACCUGGUCCACAUGCUGCCUGAGAAAGGGCAGGAGCUUAUCCAGAAACAGGUGUUUUCCCGUAAACUAGAGGAAGUUGGCCGGGUCCUCUUCCUCAUCUCCCUCACACAACACAUGCCAGCUGUGCACAAGCAAUCCCACGUCUCCCUGCUGCAGGAAGACCUCCUUCGUCUGCCGUCCUUCCCGCGAACCGCAAUCGAUGCAGAGUUCUCACUGGUCAAUGAGCCACAAGGUAAGGAGCUGUUUGGAUUGGACACCCUCCACAAGGUGCUGUGGAUCAAGCUGCUGGAGGAAAUGUUUCUAGGCAUGCCCAGUGAGUACCCGUGGGGCGACGAGAUGAUGCUGUUCCUUAACGUUUUCAACGGGGCUCUGCUGCUGCACCCAGAGGACAGCGCCCUCCUCAGGCAGUACACAGCCACCGCCAUCAACACCGCUGUCCACUUCAACCACCUGUUCUCCCUGAGCGGUUACCAGUGGAUACUGCCAACCAUGCUGCAGGUCUAUGCCGACUAUGAGAGCGACCCUUUACUGAGGCAGGGCAUUGAGUUCUGCUGCCGGCAGUUUUACAUCCUCCACCGCAAACCCUUCACCCUGCAGCUGUUUGCCAGUGUGGCUCCGCUGCUGGAAUUCACAACCAGCACCAGCACUGGUUUGUCUAAAGGAGUGUCAGCUCAGUGUCUGUUUGACCUGCUGGUCUCUCUGGAGGGUGAGACCCAGGAUGCCCUGGAUGCUCUGGAGCUGGUUAAGGCUGAGAAACCUCUACGAUCUCUAGAUUUUUGUUAUGGUAAUGAGGACUUGGCCUUUUCCAUCAGCGAGGCCAUCAAGCUGUGUGUCACCGUGGUUGCCUACGCCCCCGAAUCCUUCAGGAGUCUCCAGAUGCUGAUGGUGCUGGAGGCCUUGGUCCCCUGCCACCUCCAGAAGCUGAAGAGCAAUACGAUUACAAUGGAGUCAGCCUCGGCUGCCAGGGAUGAGAUUGCCGCCAUCGCAGCUCUGGCCACAUCCCUGCAGGCCCUCCUCUACAGCUCAGAGACCCUCACAAGGCCCAUGACAGCACCCCAGAUGUCCCGCUGUGAUCAGGGCCAUAAGGGAGGCACUACAGCUAACCACGCCAUGUCAGGAGGGGUCAACACCAGAUGCCUUGAGUGCAGUCCUGUUUGUAUGCAUGUGCCCAGGGACAACCUCCACCUGUUGGAGGAGGGCCAGGGCAUGCCGAGGGAGGAGCUGGACGAGCGCAUCGCCAGGGAGGAGUUUCGCCGGCCGAGGGAGUCCCUGUUAAACAUCUGCACCGAGUUCUACAAACACUGCGGGCCGCGGCUCAAAAUCCUGCAGAACGUCGCCGGCGAGCCGCGGGUCACGGCACUGGAGCUGCUGGACAUCAAGUCGCACAUGAGACUGGCGGAGAUCGCCCACGCCCUGCUAAAGCUAGCGCCCUACGACACCUUGACCAUGGAGAGCCGAGGGCUGCGCCGCUACAUCAUGGAGAUGCUGCCCAUCACCGACUGGUCGUCCGAGGCUGUCCGCCCCGCCCUCAUCCUCAUCCUGAAGAGGCUGGACCGCAUGUUCAACAAGAUCCACAAGAUGCCUACGCUCAGGAGACAGGUGGAGUGGGAGGCGGCCAGCAACCUGAUCGAGGGCAUCUGCCUGACCCUGCAGCGACAGCCAAUCAUCUCUUUCCUCCCACACCUUCGCUCGCUGAUCAACGUCUGUGUCAACCUGGUGAUGGGUGUGGUUGGUCCCUCCAGCGUGGCAGAUGGGCUUCCUCUUCUCCACCUCAGCCCUUACCUAUCCCCUCCGCUGCCCUUCAGCACAGCAGUGGUCCGACUGGUUGCCCUGCAGAUCCAGGCCUUGAAGGAGGACUUUCCUCUGAGCCAUGUGAUCUCACCUUUCACCAAUCAGGAGAGGCGAGAGGGGAUGCUGCUCAACCUGCUCAUUCCCUUUGUCCUCACUGUGGGCUCUGGAAGCAAAGAUAGCCCGCACCUGGAGCAGCCUGAGAUCUUCCUGCUCCUCCAGACGGUCAUCAAUAUCCUCCUGCCUCCUCGGAUCAUCUCCACCUCCCGCACCAAGAACUUCAUGCUGGACGCUUCCCCGGCUCACUGCUCCACCCCGGGCGACACAGGGAAGGAUCUGCGCAGAGAGGGAUUAGCGGAGUCCACCAGCCAGGCUGCAUAUCUGGCUCUAAAGGUGGUGUUGGUUUGCUUUGAGCGCUCACUGGGAAACCAGUGGUACCGGCUGAGCCUGCAGGUGAAAGAGAUGGCUCUGAGGAAGGUGGGCGGUUUGGCCUUCUGGGAUUUCAUUGACUUCAUUGUCCGAACCCGUAUCCCUAUCUUUGUCCUGCUGAGACCCUUCAUACAGUGCAAGUUGUUGACACAGCCUGCUGACUCUCAGGAGGAGAUUACAGCACGUCACCACAUCGCUGACCAGCUGGAGCGAAGAUUCAUCCCGCGACCUCUCUGCAAGAGCUCCCUGUUUGCCGAGUUUAAUAACGAACUCAAGAUCCUCAAGGAGGCUGUGCACAGCGGCUCCGCUUACCAGGGCAAGACGUCCAUCAGCACAGUGGGCACCUCUACAUCAGCAUAUCGCCUCAGUUUGGCCACAAUGUCGCGCUCCAACACGGGCACCGGUACAGUUUGGGAGCAGGACAGCCAACCAUCCCGCCAACCCUCCCAAGACACACUCAGCCGCACCGACGAGGACGACGAAGAGAAUGACUCUAUGAGUAUUCCCAGUGUGGUGAGCGAGCAUGAAGCCUUUUUGCCUAGGAUGAUAGAACAGCGCCGUUUCUCCAGCCAUGCCACCGGCUCUGCGGCCUUGCAGCCCGAUGCCCCCCGCGCCACCAUGUUGCCCAGCCACAGUGAACCCAAUGUGCUAGAUGAGUCCCAGGGCCUUCUGCAGGAGGGUUACCUCUCUAGGGUUGCCAGUGUGCAGAGUGAACCGGGCCAGCAGAACCUUCUGAUCCAGCCUCCCUUAGGAAGAAAGAGAGGCCUCAGACAGUUGAGGCGCCCCCUUCUGUCCAUUCCCAAGAAUGAACCACGUGGUAGAUCUGGAGCGAGGCUUUCUACAACUCGCAGGAGCAUCCAGCCAAAGAACAAACCACUGGCGCAUGGAGACCAAAAGAGGUCAGUCACCUUUACAGAGAAUCAAGGCCAGCAGGGGGCCAGCAAGCCCCCAACUCCCAGUACUACGGACCCUCCAGCUGAGGGCAGGAAGGCCAGUCCUGCCCCUUCAAAGUCCCCAAUGCUGGAAGUGCCCUCUGUCUCCUCGGCCACGGUGACUGCCAACCUGCACAGCACGCAUAACACACAGGUCCCUCCAGCUGUAGGCGGCAAGGAGAAGAAAGAGCAGUGGGGCCUCCGCAGCAGUCUCUCCCCUCCUCCCUCCGUCUCCCGCCCCUCCACCCCAACACCCCCAUCCCAAACCUGCUCGCCGCUGACUCUGUCCCGAGCCUGCUCCCCUCUGCCCUUGUCCCGCACCUCCUCUCCUCUCCCUCCACCGCUCCCGGUGCUGGGCACAGCGCCGGCCCCAGGCCCCCCGCUGCCUCCACCUCUGCCACCGGCCCCUCUCCUAUCACCGCCGCCGCCGGCGGGGCCGCCCAGGAUCAGAGAGAGCCCCGGGGACGAGGACACGACUGCGCUCCUGCUGCGCAGCGACACCCUGCUGCAGCUCAGCGAGGACGAAGGCACAGAGAACCCCCUCCUCACCCCGCUGCUGUCCCCUCCCUCGACUCGCCGGUCACCCCGCCGGUCGCCACGCCGGUCGCCGCGCCGGUUGCCCCUGCCCCUCUCCCCUGUGGACCUUGACCUGGAUGAGUCCCACGUUUGAGAUUGAGAUUUGAGACUGUAUUUUUGUAUCUGUAGCCCAAGCCAAAUGCCAUACGAAUACCUGCAGGGUACGGAUAACAG